GCGUAACACUCUGAAGCUCCACUCACUUUCCUUAUAAGAUUGAAUCAAGUCCGCGUUCAAGACUGAAGAAGAAGCAGAAGCGCAAAUCGUUUCACAUGCACGCGUGCGGUAUCACGAUCAGAUGACACUAACACGUGUUGUCAUAUCUCGCUGGCUCCAGUCCAAAAUUAAUCCAGGAUUACACUUUAACACAGAGAGAGAACGCAAUGGCUAAUAAACGCAGCUGACGGGAGCUUCACAAAUUGUCGGAGACUUUGUGGAAAGAAAAGCGGCAGAAGAGAUCCUAAAACGAACCUAAAAUAAUAACAAGUUAUGAGGUCCAAAGGAGUGCUUGUGCUCGUGCUGCUGGGCGCGUUAACAGCUUAUCACAUUUAUUCACCAAUCCCGAAUAACAUUGAGGAGAGAUGGAAACUAAUGGUCACAGACUCCUUCUUCAAAAGUUUGAGCCAGCUGGCGGAACUCAGUGAGCAGGUGGGACUUCUGGACUACAUGAGAGUUAUGAUGUUCAUCACCAUUGCAGAGCGAGUCGUACCUGUGUCUGAUGACCGGGUGCAAGUAGCAGAUGAGAAUUUCGAUGGGGUCGAGGUGAUUGUGUAUCAACCUAAUCAGCUGGAACAAACAGGAGAGCUAAGAAGAGCCAUCAUUUACUUGCACGGAGGAGGAUGGUGUCUCGGCAGCUCUCGUAUGGGCCCAUAUGAUCUCCUAGCCAGGCACAUGGCUACAGAGCUCAAUGCUGUAAUUGUAGCUGUGGAGUAUCGUCUUGCCCCAGCGUAUCAUUUUCCUGUGCAAUUUGAGGAUGUUUACCGUGUGGUGAAGUAUUUCCUCCGUAAUGAUGUUCUGAAGAGCUACAAUAUCAACCCAGAGCGGAUUGCUGUGUCUGGAGACAGUGCUGGAGGCAACCUAGCAGCUGCAGUGGCUCAGCAGUUGCGGAAGGACCCCGAUCAGCACGUCCAGUUAAAGGCCCAGGCUCUGAUCUACCCUGUCCUGCAAGCCUUGGAUCUGAACACUCCGUCCUACCAGCAGAACCAGCACAUGCCAAUACUGCCCCGCACGCUGAUGGUCAGGUUCUGGAGCGAGUACUUUACCAGCGACAAGUCCUUUUUGAGAGCCAUGAUGGCCAACACACACAACAACCACGAGUCUGCAGCUCUGCUUAAGUUUGUCAAUUGGAGUUCAUACUUGCCUGAUUCCUAUCGCCAAACAUACAAUUACAGCGCUCCACCUGUCGUCACUGGAAAAGGUCCUGUCCGCUCUAUCGGUCCGCACCACUUGGCAGAUCCACGUGCGUCUCCAUUGCUGGUGCCUGAUACAGCGCUGCGCUUUCUGCCUAAAGCGUACGUGUUGACCUGCGAGUAUGACGUACUGCGGGAUGAUGGUUUGAUGUACGUCACGCGUUUGCGUAAUGCUGGAGUGGACGUCACGCAUGAACAUUACCCCGGUGGAUUCCACGGUGCAUUGAUGUUCACCGUGUGGCCCACAGACUUUGAGAUCGGACACCGCAUGACGAACAACUAUAUAACAUGGCUUAAGCAAAAUCUAUAAAACGAAUGUGGAGCGCGACGGUGUUUAUGCAUCACUUUUGGGUUGACUGGUUCAUGCAGAGAUUUUUUUUUAUUUAUUUAGUACAUUUUCUUCCUGCUGUUUACAGUGCACCACUUUUGAAUCUUAAAAAGGGCACACUUUCGAUUGUGAUCAUCUGUUAUGGUACAAGCAUUCCUAAUUUGACCACAUCUGGUCAUGAAACACUGGUCUGUGUUAUUCCUAAAGGUCAAUCAUGAAGGAAACAAGUCGAUUUUAUUCAUCAUAUGCUAUCUCCAACCCAGGCACAUUCUGAUUACGUACCCCUAUAUACAUUUCUGAAGAGCGCCAAAUAUGUCCCAGGAGCUACGUCUUUUUUGCAGUUUUUGUCUUCGCGAAUCCACUAGAGGCCGCUGUGUAUGCUUUUUCAGAUCUCAGUUUUCUCUUACGAGUGCCAUUCGAGCCUGCUGUUCAUGCGUAAAUCCACCAGAGGCUGCUGUUGACUGACUGACUGACCAAUCAACCGAUCCUCCCCCGUCCCUAAACCCAACCACCAUGUUUUCAAAAGCAACCCAGAAAAGAAAAACCCGUACGGCAGCCUGAUUUUUUUCCCCCUACAUUUUAUCACCCUGUUAUUUACUUGUUUAUUUUACUUUUGGCUUUUGUUUUUGUCUUACCUGCUUUACAGAACUGUUUUUCCACUGGACUCGAAAACUGUUGUCAUGGUUAGCUCUGUAUCUCAAGUCCGCUGAUGUAUGUGUCGAGCUACCGGACAAACUAGUUGCAGCAUAAAAAGCCGACCACACAGAGUUAAGCGGUCAGCUGGUAUACAAGAAAAGGAACGGCAUCAUGGCCGUAGCAAUGCAGCCAUAUGUAACUCUGGCUACACAAUUCGCGAUCUCCAGAAAUGUAUAUAGGGCUACGUUUUCAGAAUAAGCCAAUGUUGGCUAUCUCUUGCGUAUAUAUAUGUGUGUGUUUUAUUAAUGAACGUGUUAACAUACAACUAAUAGUGUUUAUUUUUUUAAAUACUAUUAUUCUUAUGUCUCUCCAUUUGUUGCAGUUGUCACUGAAGUCUUGAACAUUUUGGACAGGUUUGGUUUGAUAUGCAGUAAACUAUCUGAAGUUCUGACUGUUUGGAUCUUAUGUUUGUAAAGGGUUGAGAAUAUAAACUUCAAGGAUUGGACUUUUUGCAGUGCUCUUCUUUUGGGUUCCAGCAUUGAAUUAAACGCGAAGUCAGAUCAAAUCUUCAGCAGGUACAAGCAAUUUGUUUCUGAGAAAUCAGAAUGACUUGAAACUCAAUUAUUUAUAUAAUACAAUGCUGAAACAGAUUUAUAAAGAUAAAUUCAGGUCAUAAAAAAGUACUUCACUGAGUAUGAGCGAUGGAAAAACCCAGCAUGCCUCAAUCAGCCGGUUUACAAUGAUUUGUCAAUGGAAAUGUUUUUCAUUACUCGCAUAAACAAGUUAAAAUAUAAACAAGUGACACCUUCAGAAAGAAUGUGUCUGGUUGAUUUGUAUGAUUCUUUUCUGCCAAUGAAUAUAGCUUCAAAAAACAAACAAGCAUUGUGUUAGAAAGCAGUGCGUAUUCUGAAAGCACAUCUGGAACAGUGUGGGUGAAUGGAUGGAGCUGUGCAGAUUUUGUAAUCGUUUGGCUUCAGCACAACUCCAAGUUUUGACAUUUCUCGUUAGAGGAAGAGAAACGGGUGUCAUGAUUCCUGCCCAUGCUCCCCUCUCUUGUGUUUUGUGAAGUUUAUUUGGUAACAGUUUACUUGAAGGGGUGUUCAAAAGAGUGAUGAUCAUGAUGUGACAUCAUGAGUGUGAAUGAGAUUUUAUGCAUG